UGCCUUUUGCAGUUUGUUUUGGUUUGGAAUUGGAGCUUGAGCUUUUUGUUUGCUGUUUGAAUCGCGUUUGGAAAGAAAGAAGCACACGUACGCACUCAGUCACCCACUUGUGCGAGCUCAGUAGCAGCCUGACUGAACUACUCCUGCAAGAAAUCUUCUGUAUCUAGGAGAUUUGUAGGAGGAAAGGUCGAAUGCCUUCAUGUAGCUUGCUGCAACACAAAUAUUCACUUGUACCUUGUACAUGUAUUGUACCAACGAAGUGACAUGGACGAAUCAUGCUAUCACCUUAUGGAGAAGCUUGUUCCUGCAACAUAUAUUCGUCAGGCAACAGAAGCUCGCACUUCAAAGCGGACGCAGAUACGACUUUUACUUGAACAAAGAAAGUGGCCAGUGAAUGGUUGGGACGAUGCAGCCAUUGAGCUCUUUCUUCAAGAAAUCUCGCAAAUGGAUAGUAACAACUUUCCUGCCAAUGUUGGCGUUGGUGAAAGAGAGUCUCGGGUGCACUCAGCACUAGUCAGAAAGAGACAUUUUGGAUUUGGUCAUGGUGUAGGUAGGUCCGGUGAUGUCACAGCAGUACAGCCUAAAGCAGCUGGUUCAUCUCUACUAGUCCAGCUAACUAAUCAGCUGCUACUGGAUGUGAUGCGUACUAUGGGUGUCCGUUCCACAGCAAGCUGUGUACUGUUGCCGGUAGCAACGGGAAUGAGUCUAGUUUUGACAAUGUUGACGCUCCGUGCCACCAAGCCAGCCGCUAAGUACGUCCUGUGGCCUCGUAUUGAUCAGAAAUCCUGCUUCAAGUCCAUGGUUACAGCAGGCUUCAUCCCAGUGGUAAUAGAGAACAGAUUAGAAGGCGAUGAGUUACGUACUGAUAUGGAGGAGCUGGGUAGACAGAUUGAACACCUUGGUGCUGACAACAUAGUGUGUGUGAUGAGCACAACAAGCUGCUUUGCUCCACGCACACCGGACCGGUUAGUUGAGAUAGCUAAACGGUGCAAAACCUCUGGUGUUGCACAUAUCAUCAAUAACGCCUACGGUGUCCAGGCAGCUCGCUGUAUGAAUCUUAUCGAAGAGGCUCAACGAUGUGGUCGUGUGGAUGCCUUUAUUCAGAGCACUGACAAGAACUUUCUUGUUCCAGUUGGAGGAGCUGUUGUUGCCGGUUUUGAUAAGAAUUUCAUUGAAGAAAUUGCGAAAACUUAUCCGGGCCGUGCGUCGGCUGCACCUAUGCUGGAUGUUUUCAUCACACUCCUCUCACUGGGUUCAACCGGCUAUAAGAAACUUGUUGCGGACAGAAAGGUUGUGAUGAAGCAACUCUCUACCGGUUUGGAGAAGAUAGCUGCAGAACAUGGUGAACGCCUUCUCAAAACUCCUCACAACCCGAUAUCCCUGGCAAUAUCCCUACCGCGAGUUGUAUGCAGUUCUGGACAGGCAAGCAACUCGUCGGCCAUGACAGAGCUAGGGUCAAUGCUGUUCAAACGUUCUGUUUCCGGUACUAGAGUCAUAGCACCUGGGAGCAGUAAAGAGAUUGGACCGCACACUUUCUCCAACUGGGGUGCUCAUCACGACCAUCUGCCCUUUGCCUACAUGACAGCUGCAGCAGCGAUUGGUAUGACCACUGAUGAAGUCUCGUCUUUCCUGUCUCGUUUGGACAAGACACUGACAAAGUGGAAGAAGAAGUUUGAAACUGUUCCAAGUGGUGUGUCUCCUUGUGUUGCAGUGGACGUUGCCGAUACAGCGGUUUUGUCUGCAGCGCCAUCAUCGCAGGCUACUGUCAGUACUGAUGUACAAACUGUAUCAGUGAGUGACAGUGAUACAUGUACCAAUGGUGGUGCAGCUGCUGUGUCUUCUACUACGACUUGUUCUAACCAUCCUGAUGAGCACACCGGGGCUACUAGUGUUGUGGAACACGCGGAUACAGCAUAGCAAAGACUCAAUGUAACUGCACACGGAUACAGCAUAGCAAAGACUCAAAGCUGGUAACUGCAGCACAUGCAAUCCCCCGGCAUAGUGUACCUCUCUGCUCUUGUCGGAGCAUUCCUUUGGGCGCUCUCACGGUCUGAUCGUUUUGGUGAUGAUGCUUUAGACACGGGUGAGAGGAAGGACGCUGUGUCAUGCCACGGUGGACUUUACCUUUCCCCUGUCAUUCUAUUUCUCUCUUGUGCUGAUGAAGUACUUCAUUAUUGGACCUGACCUCAUGUUAUUCUUGACUAUGUUCGUGUUGUACUUGAGUGGUGAAACUAUCCACAGUGUAUCCUUCCAGUUUUCUUUGAAUUUAUUCAAAUCUUUCAUCAUUUCUAGCAUUUUUUAAUAAAUAUAUUCAUUAGCUUCACAUGCUGGUCAUAUGAUUUCUAAAACAAUGUCUUUAUUUUUCUCUGCACAAAAGACACUGAGAACAUAACAUUCAAUCUAGGAAUCUCCGUGAAAGACUAAGACGCACCAGUAUGACAUGCAUGGCACAACAUCGUGUAUGUACGAUUUUAUCAUCGAGUAUCAUUGACAGUCACAUGGGAGCAUCAUCGUUUAUUCAAUCAUCAUAGUCUACCAGACGACAAAGCAACUACCGGUA